GGGAGGGGGCAGCAGAGACUACAGCCUAGCUUCAGCAGCUCAUACUCAGCCACUGACUACUCAGACAGGACACAGAGGAGUCCCCUGACCAGUCCGAGAGACUUACCAAUGACAGAACGCCUCCAGAACUCAGAGGAGAACAAGCUAUUACACUUGUAACAUCUCGGAUUGCACGUGUUCUCCUGGGUAACUUCACUGGGGGUCGGAUAUGGUCCUCAUCAUUCAGAGGCUGCUCCCAUGCUAGACCUCUUAAAUUGCUGGAUGUUGGUAACUCGUCCAGAUCUUCAGACGAUUCUGGUGACGGAAACCGUACUUCUUUCCCAUCUAGCUUAUAGUUGUCGGAAAGUAUUCUGCAGGCGAAAGUCACUGAGAGCUGCUGCGUGCAGGUGAUGGUCCCAGAGAGCUGCUGAGAGUGAUACUGCUCUUCCCUCUUACCAGUAAAGCUGCAGGUGAUGGUCACAGAGGACUGCUGGAAGUGAUACUGCUCUUCCCUCUUUCCUGUAUAGCUGCAAGUGAUGGUCACGGAUGACUGCUGGAAGUGAUACUGCUCUUCCCUCCUACCUGUAAAGCUGCAGGUGAUGGUCACAGAGGACUGCUGGAAGUGAUACUGCUCUUCCCUCUUUCCUGUAUAGCUGCAAGUGAUGGUCACGGAGGACUGCUGGAAGUGAUACUGCUCUUCCCUCCUACCUGUAUAUCUGCAGGUGAUGGUCACAGAGGACUGCUGGAAGUGAUACUGCUCUUCCCUCUUUCCUGUAUAGCUGCAAGUGAUGGUCACAGAGGACUGCUGGGGGUGAUACUGCUCUUCCCUCCUACCUGUAUAUCUGCAGGUGUUGGUCACAGAGGACUGCUGGAAGUGAUACUGCUCUUACCUCCUACCUGUAUAUCUGCAGGUGUUGGUCACAGAGGACUGCUGGAAGUGAUACUGCUCUUCCCUCCUACCUGUAUAUCUGCAGGUGAUGGUCACACAGAGAGCUCCUGUGAGUGACACUGCUCUUCCCUCCUACUUGUAACUGUGUAGCUGGAGGCCAUGUCUGAAGGAAACUGGGGGCUGUAGAAGACUUGGAUGGUACUUUCCACCAUGGGGUCCUUGGCAAUCCUACUGCUUCUCUCACACGCUGCUUACUUCUUGUCUGCCAACUCCCUGGAACCAAGGGACUGCAUAUCUGCAGAGCAGCUAUGUGUGAACUUUCCGCAGUGCCAUUCCAGCUACAAUGUGAUCAAGAAUUGCUCCCGGGCAGAUGCAGUGAUUUCAGUAAAUGCAUCAGAGUGCCAAGAAGCAGCUCGGGCUAUUUUUCAGUCACCCUUACUGCAUUGCAAAUGCCAGCGGCGUAUGAAGAAGGAGGAGCUUUGUUUGAACAUUUUUUGGACUGUACAUCCUGAUUAUGCACAUGGCUACCUGGAUUUAUAUACUUCUCCAUAUAAAGAUAAUGAACAAGACACCAUGAAAGAGUUAGAUAACAUUCACUCGGACCUUCUGCCAUCUGAGUCGGUCCAGUCCGGUGCCAGUAUUAAUCAUUGCCUGGAAGAAGCUAAUAUUUGCAGCAAAAGCAGGAAGUGCAGUCAGUACAAGAAUAGCUAUGUCGUGCACUGUAGUAACACCAAUGCUGAUGGCUCCUGUGACAGACAAAGGUGUCACGAACACCUCCGAAUUUUUUUUAAAAGAGUUCCUAUGGCAUUUACAAAGCGCUUCCUCUUCUGCCCAUGCAAUCAGGAAAGUAAUUGUUCAGAACGCAGACGCCAGAAUAUCGUGCCAAACUGUUCUUUUGAAGAAAAGUACAAGAAAAAUUGCCUACAGCUCUAUGGUUCCUGCAUGAGAGAUAACAUAUGCAAGUCUCGACUUUUAGACUACCGGACACAAUGCCAUCUGUUUGACAAAAAGAGAGGAAGUUGCCCACCAGAACAGCACGAUCGUUGCAUACUGUCCUAUAUGGGCAUGAUCGGUACUGUAAUGACGCCAAACUUCAUCAGCAACUCGAGUAUGGACAUGUCAAUAUGGUGCACCUGUGAAGGUAGCAGCAACCAGCAGGAGGAAUGCAAGAAUAUCCUGGGAAUGUUUACCUCUAACAGAUGCCUCCACAAUGCAAUUAGCAAGGAAGGUGCUGAAUUGACAAUCCCUACUGAUGACGAUGAAGGUACUGGUGUGUCUGUUCUUCCUGGCAGUGAUCAGGAAUCACAUAGAAACAGCCUGUCCGUGUUCCCUGCCAGCAGCAAACUGCCAACUAAUACAGCAUCAGGUGUUUCUUCUCCAUCUUUGGCUUGGACACUACUAAAUCCAACAUUAUUUUUGUGGUUCUUGAAAGUGUUUUAAUUCAUGUGGAAGAAGACAAGGGGGGCUUGCGAUUCUAAUCAAAACAACAGCACAAUAAUAAUGGCUCUUCAUCUGGAACAGGAAAGACACCUGGAAAAUACAUCAGUAUGUCAGAUAUGUCUUUCAACCUUUGACUAAAAGACUCAAGAUUACUUGCCAGACCAAGCCCACCUACUCGGAAAGACUACGGGAAGGCAGCAGACGUUAGGAGAAGAUGGAAGGUGAUGCAUGUAUUAUGUUUUGGGCAGCACCUUUUGGUGUUCACAUAGAAGCUAUAGAUGUUGGACAGUUGCUUCUCAGAAGGCAUUCACCCCCAAAUCUACCCUUACAUGUAUAUUAUAGCAAAGAAAAGGAAUAUAAAGGUUUGGACCUACCAUAUUUCCUUGAUAUGGUUAAUGAGCCGGGUACUAUGUUCUUGUUAACUGUAAGCUUUACCGGUAAUAAGGCCAUUAAUACUGUUAUUGUAAAGAGCUGUUGCUAAUAAAGCUAUAUUUGUACAUUAUAA